GGGAAAACAAAUAUAUUGUCACACCAUAUCGUCGUUUUUACAAAAUAAAGACUUACACCUCUAAGCCAGGUCUCAAAAACACCAAUAGUCAUAAUGAGAUUCAAUCAUAUCUACAUUUUUUGUUUCCUCCCACUCAUUACGACCCUCGCAUGGCCUACGGGCGAGUACAUCUCAUCCAGAGAUCUAGGCGAGUGUGUUGGUGGAAUUGGCGGAACAUGUGCCGCAGGGUUAUGUUGCUCCAAAUACGGAUACUGCGGUAUGUUUCUUGGCAGUAGAGAGAUAUGUUUUUAUACUGCUAAAACGCAUUUCAAACCCCUUGAAACUUGUCUCGAGUGUGAACUGACUAUGAAUUCUGGGAAAUAGGUACGGGGCCAGAAUAUUGUACUCCAAUCCCCGGCGACUGUGCCAACUAUGGCGGACCUUGUCCUGCGGGAUCGUGCUGUUCACAAUGGGGUUGGUGUGGAAGCGGUCCUGAUUAUUGUCCUCCAGCACCGGGAGUUUGUGCUAAUUAUGGAGCUCCAUGUCCUGCUGGAACCUGCUGUAUGCAAUAUUUCCUUACGCUCACUUAUCUGAAACUCCUACCUUUGUGGCCUUGCGCGAGGGCCAAACUCGUUUCGUGGAAAUGUACUUGCUGAUUUGUUCUAGGCUCAAAAUUUGGCUGGUGUGGGACUGGGUCAGACUUUUGUGGAUGAAGGAAAGAGACUGGGAAGGUAGAAAAGCAGGGGCGUUGAACUAUAUCUUUCAUUUGGUGAGAUUCAGGGAAAUUCAAAGUAAUUUGACGCUGGUGUAUUGUUUACCUAUCGAAAUUUAAAGAAUCCUGUCCAUGCUUGGUACUCGGUAGGUCUGGUGUAUUAGACCAUCUGUGAAU